AUGGAGGAGAUGAGAGAGGGGCGAGAUAAGGGGAGGGAUGUGAGCACAAGACACAGCGAGUGCCGCCAUUACUCUCGCGGAGUUGGUUUCCGAAACCCUAAGCAACAGCCUGGCUUCUGGUCUUCCACCACAACUUACACCACCCCCUUCUCCUUAAUCUUUGCAAUUUCGAACUUCAAACCGACCGCUCCAUCUCAUCCUCGUCAGCUCUAUCACCACCGAUCUCGGCCCUCCCCUUCCUGUAUAUAUCUCCCCACGACAGAAGCAGAUGUCGAAGAAGAAGAAGAAGAAGGCCAAAGGCGGAUCAAGAUGAACAGCAAGAGUACUGUGGAGAACUCUUUGUGCAGAUCCGACGAUCUCAACGUCGAACUCACCCUCGGAGUCUCUCCGUCACGUCACGUGUCGAACCCUCCCUCCUCCUCCUCUUCUUUGCUGCCGCCGCCGCCGCCUACACUGCAGCAACAGCCGCACCAGUAUUCGCAGACUAACUUGCCGCCGCCUUUCCCUCCCGUCUUGCAUGUUCCUCGUCGUUACACGGUCAUCCCUCCUCCCACCAAUCCUGCCGCUGCUGUUGCUUCUUCAUCUUCUGCUUCUGCUUCGCCUCGGUCGGGCGGGGGACGCACACGGCGCAACCCCACCCAGGGGCCUAGGAGCGGGAAGAGCGACUCCAUCAAACCAAUCUUUCCUUGGUCCACCGAUCGUCGGGCCACCGUCCACAGCCUGAGUUACUUGCUCUCCCAUGACCUCAAGGAGGUAUACGGGGAUGCGCAGUGCAAGCGGUGCGAGGCGCGGAGGAUAAUCAGGUACGACCUGGAGUCCAAGUUCCGGGAGGUGGCGUGUCGCAUCGCGGCGACGAGGCACCUCAUGCACGACCGGGCGCCGGCGGAGUGGAUGAACCCGACGUUCCCGGACUGCGACGCCUGCGGGCAGCCCAACUGCAUGCGGCCGUUGGUGGACGGAAAGAAACGCAACAUCAACUGGCUGUUCAUGCUGCUGGGGCAGACGUUGGGAUACUGCACGCUGGAACAGCUCAAGUAUUUCUGCAAGCAUACCAAGAACCACCGCACCGGCGCCAAGGACCGAGUACUCUACCUGACUUACCUCGGCCUUUGCAAGCAGCUGGAUCCGAACGGCCCAUUCGAUCUCUGA